AUGGGAAUUUCUCAGUUUGGCCUCGUUAUUGGUCCAUUGACUGGGGGGGCCUUCACCGAGUACUCGACCUGGCGGUGGUGUUUCUAUAUUAAUCUCCCUAUUGGUGCACUCAUUGCGCUCAUACUCUUAUUCGUCCACGUCCCUGAUGAAACUCGGAAGCCCAAUCCGAGAAAGGUAGUCCUCUCUCUCCAUCGUGAGCUCGAUCUGAUCAGAUUCGUGCUGUUUGCCCCUGCUGCUAUCAUGCUGCUCUUGGCCUUGCAGUAUGGCGGGAACCAAUUCGCCUGGAACAGUGCCACCGUGAUCGGUCUCUUCUGCGGUGCUGGCGGCACGUUCAUGGUCUGCCUGGUAUUUGGUUUCUUGAUGAGCUUACUAUAUACUGUCACCUACUACCUUCCGAUAUAUUUCCAAGCUGCCAAGGGCCCCAAUAAUGAGUGGCGUGUACCUUCUGCCCCUAAUUUGGCCAAGUUGUUCGCAGCUGGUGCCUCAGGCGUACUUGGUAAGUUUUCCCAUGACUCUAAACAUCUCCAGGGCCUUCGGACCCUGGUGCCGGAAUAUGCCCCUAAUAUUAUCGCAGAGACCGUUAUUGCUGGUGGUGCCACGGAUCUUAAUGCCGCGGUGCCCGCGGUUGACCUCCCCGGUGUUCUGAUUGCGUACUCGAAGAGUACCAAUCGUGUUAUAUAUCUCGCUGUUGGGGCGGCCUGUGCUUGCUUCGCUUUCUCAUGGAGUAUGAGUUGGAAAGAUAUCCGGGCGAAAAACAAGACUUCGCCGGCUUGA